AUGCAUACUGUUGUUGAUCAGAAUGAAUCUUCGAAAUAUAUUGUUAAUCUUGUCCAUUUUCUUGUUGAUCAUUUACAACAACUUGUUUCACUUUGUAUAAGUUUUAAGUCGACUUCUUCUAGUACACCCUGUUUUCCACCUACAAUUCGACGACAACUGUAUGAAUGGUCACUUAAUCGAUCAUAUCCAUUACGAUCUUCAUCAUUUGAAAUUCAUGAUGAAUCUACACUUGAUGAGACGGAUUCAUCAGAGGAUGAAUUUGAAGCAAAUGAAUGCCAUGAGCACGAAGAAUCUGCAGAAGCAAUGGAAGAAAGCGACUCACAUUCAGAGUCUCAAGAAGCAACAACAGAAAGUGAUGGACAAUCAGGAGAAGAAUUUUCCCUCGUUUAUAUGAAGAAGGUGCUGAACUAUUAUGAUGAAACUGACAAGAAUGGAAAACGAACACAUAGUUGGAAGGUCGUCACUCAUCGAUUUCGUCGCAUUCAUCAUCAACAAGAUAUUUCUCGCUUUCGAGAGUACGUUUGUCUUGGUGGAUCAGUGAGACAAAAACCAGCAUAG